CGAUCCCUGUAAUUACACAGCCACCACAAAUUUUCGCGGCCGUUCGAAAUUUCUCAGCCACCACAAAUUUUCAGGGUCUUCGGCUAAUUGUCGUCUCUCUCAUCCCGCGGCCGAUUUUCGGAUUUCACAACCGAAUCGAUAGCGACUGCGGCCUCAACUCUUUCCUUCGAGCUGGCCCGCUGAGUGUUGGUCAUUCUAUCCCAGCACUCUCUCAAGCGUCUGAAUUUCCGCGUGCAGAAAACGCGACGGAAAGGAAGACGGCAGUGGUGUGUUUGAGUGUGGAUGAGGUUGUAAGGGCCUAAGUUUUAGGUAUGGGAAUGGGAGCGAGCUCUGUCUCCGACAAGGACCCCAAUGGAUGGGGCGGAAGAGCUCAGGGAUUGGCCGUCAAGACGCUGGUUCUGAUCGGGGGUGCGCUUCUGUUGAAGCGGCUUACUAAAUCCACUACUCGUUGGGACCAUGCUCGCUUCGUCUCUCAAUCGCUCACCGGUGAGAAGUUCUCCAGGGAGCAAGCAUCCAGAGAUCCUGAUAAUUACUUCAAUAUUAGGAUGUUUUUGUGCCCUGCUGCUGAGAUGGUGGAUGGUUCAAAGGUUUUGUAUUUUGAGCAGGUAAGUACAUAUGCAAUUAGAGAUGCAGAAGAGUACAAGAAUUUCUGUGAUCGACCAAAGGACCAACGCCCACUUCCUGAAGAAGUCAUUGGUGAUAUUGCAGAACACCUCACCACAUUAUAUCUAAAUCGUUGUGACCGUAGAAAACGCUGCCUUUAUGAAGGCUCCACUCCACCAGAAGGAUUCCCUAAUACAUGGAAUGGUGCUUCCUAUUGUACCUCGGAGCUUGCUGUACUGAAGAACAACGAAGUGCAUAUGUGGGAUAGAGGUUAUGACGACGAUGGAAAUCAGGUCUGGGGAGUGAGGGAAGGUGCCUAUGAAUUCAAGCCUGCACCAGCUUCUAGUAACCUCAACGGCAUUUUCUCUUCUUUAAACUUUCCCCCUGCCCAAUCAAUUGCCAAAAAGAUAGAGGGUUCCUUUGUCUUGGAAGAUUGAUCUCAUUCACCAAGUAAUAACCAGACCAAUGUGCUAGUGCUGUAUAUAUAGCAUUUGUGAUUCAUCAUUAGAAAAAGCUUGCCGAAUUUCGGCUUACAUAAGAGUUGGUUACAAUUUGGCUAGCAGAGAAAGUAUGAAGUCGAACGGAAUGAAGCAGCAGCAGGAUGUGGUUGGCUUCUUCAGCCUUGGAAGGUGUUGUUGAGGUAGAAGUAUAGUGCAGCGAGUGCGACGAUUCCAACCACAACAGCAAUCGGCAAAGCUCGCCCUAUUGCUUCAUCCCUCUGUAACUCUGCUUUGCGUGCUUUUCUAACGUCCUUAUCGUUUGCACCCUUAGUUACCGCCGGCGUAUACGGCCUAAACCUCCUCUUCGGCGCACCACAAACUGCCAAAGCCAUACAGUCAAAAGUAAAUGAGCCAGUGCGAACCGGAAGUAAGAGGAUAAGAUAUGGGCAAGCAUCAUCGACCAAUGAUAUGCAAGAGCGAACUGGCCCCUAAGCAGAGCCUUAUCGGCAUCUUGGAAAAGAAGAGACUUUUAUCAAGGCGUAAGGAGUUUACCACGGCAGAAGAAGCUGUCAGGGAGCUUCUCAAAGGGAGUUUUAUCGUUGUAAAUGUACCUGCAACCACACACAACCACAGUCAGCAAAUUCGCUAGCCACUCAUCCUGAAAGUCCUAAAUGGGUACUAACCCGCAAUCGCGGCAGAUGUAAGCUUGUUUGGAAGCGACGCGCAUGGAGAAUUUGGGAGCAGCAGAGGCAAUGGGAAGGUGGCGCAGUGAAGCUGUGAAGAGGUGAAGUGAGGGAGAGAAGAAGGAUGAUUUCAGGGCAAAGCGAUCUGGUGGCGGCCUGAGCCCAGCAUUUUGAGGGGAAGGAGAUAAUGAUGAGAGACAGGGGGAUGAGGGGCCUGAGGCUUGAAGCCUUGUUGAUUGUAGCUGUAACGCCAUUUCUUUCUUUGUUUCUUCUAAAUGUUACCUUCUGCUGGAGGGGAGGGAAGGGACAACUUGUUGCCUGGUAAUGAAAAAUGAGGAAAUGGAAGGAGGGAGAGAUGAUAAGAGAGUGUGGUGGUGGACUGGACGAUGAUGAAAGAAGCUGGAAAGUUAUUAUGAUUGGCUGAUGUGGAAGAGGGGAGCGUGGCUUUCGUACCUCCCCACACAUGACCACUCUCUAUGUACCCUUCUAGACCAUCCCGGGCUCUACCACCACCUUUUCUGCCUUGUACGGGCUCUUUUUGUCCAUACUUGGUACUUGGUAGAGGGUGGGUGGGCAUGCGGUUCGGGAAACGCAAACUAAACCAGAUCGCAUGCAAGUUGAAACACAAUCGAAUUGCUCUAUGUUCGGUUCGUAAUUUGUUGUUGGACGUGUUUGUGCGUGAGCAUGUUGUAGCUCAAGCACUCGUUUGGUUAGUAGGUAAAGUGUUGGGUAGCACUUGGUAAUUGACCAAGUUGCAUGUCUCGACCUUUAACCCUAGUGUUUUAGCCAUGUAUAGUAUAUAUAUGUUUGUAGUAGUCGAGUCUAUGUAAGUUUGUGAGCAUUGGGUAAAAACCCUAAUAAGAGAAGUCGCAAGCUCCUUGUGUGAGCUUGCCGUGGAUUAGUCUAGUUCAACCUAA